GUCUGCCUCAUCAACUUUCCAUGAAGUAAAAGCGACACGAUCACAUUCGCGAUGGAGGGAGAAGUCCUACGGCAGCAGCGAGAACACCGUGAAGGUGAAAAGAGAUGGCCUCAACUCUCACGCUAUAUACAUACAUAUAACGUGUCACCAGUUGCUAUGAGACACAGCAACACGGGGAAAAGAGAUGAGGAUUUACUCUUCCCCUGCUUUACGGUGGUUCCUCCUUCCAACUCAAGUUAUUAACCAGCCCGAUGCCGAGGAGAGAAACGAAGAGAAAGAGAGACACGUCGCCAGUGCGAUAAGCAAAGGACGGUACCGAAUCCGUUUGACCUUUUCCCUCUGCUUUCACUCUAUAUAAACCACACGUACAGAUCAUCAUCCUCUGUCCUCCCUCUUCUGCUUCUGAUCAUCUCCAUAGCUACAGAGUUGAGUUGUUUGUGAUGGGGAGACAGGCUUGUUGUGACAAAGAAGGUCUCAAGAGGGGUCCAUGGACAACUGAAGAGGACGAAAAGUUAAUCGAUUACAUACAGAAGCACGGGCAAGGAAACUGGAGAACUCUUCCUAAAAAAGCUGGUCUCGCGAGGUGUGGAAAGAGUUGCAGGCUCCGGUGGACAAACUACCUGCGGCCGGACAUUAAGAGAGGGAGGUUCUCCUUUGAAGAGGAAGAAACGAUUAUCCAUCUCCACAGCAUGCUGGGUAACAAAUGGUCGGCGAUCGCUGCCCGUUUACCGGGAAGGACCGACAAUGAGAUCAAGAACUACUGGAACACACACAUUCGGAAGAGACUAUUGAAGAUGGGGAUCGACCCAGUGACUCAUGCACCGCGACUCGAUCUCCUCUUUGCAGCUCCCCCUUUCUGCAAUUCGUUGCAGUCGAACAGCCUGUUGGGCCUCGACCAUGACCUCCUCUUGAUGGCCACCAACCUCCUCUCCUCUCAGUCCCAAAACUCCAACACCGUUAUCCUUGAUCAGACACCACUCCAGGAGCAACAACUCCAGUACCAAUCUCAUGAUCAGCUCCUCGAUGCGGCACAGAUCAUGCAAGCCAAUAUGAGCCAGAAUCCAUGGCAAGAAAUCAUCACGCAGGAUAACUAUUUGCACGAGUGCAGUAGCUGGAUGCCUACUGCGGCAAUGGGAGUCAACUAUGAAAGCUUAGGUCCUUCUCCAUGGCCGCAAUUGGGGAACUAAGACUCCUACAGCAGUAUCUGUUCAAGCAUGAAAUCCCUGACCUCUUGGAUGUAAGCAAUUGCAUGUGAACAAGAACAAGAGAAAUUAAUGGGACGAUCUAGAGAAGCUGUCAGUCAUUUUAAUUUUAUAUUCAUAAAGCACAAGUCUUUGGCCA